CCGACGCUCCGACUCAACCGCCAAGACUGGGUGCGCAAGUCAGAAGGGCGCAACUUUCUGCUGUAGGCCGCAAAGAGCAAAUUGCUCGUCCAGUAUCAAGAGGGAAUUAUCGAGAUACUUGACGUUUUCUUCCGUCUGACAGUACGCUGCGUUGAUUCUGUCCAUCACGACAAGUGACUGAGUUUCUCUACCUGGCUCACGCCGACUGACGCUUUCUGAUCUCCGCCAAAGCAAACUAAAACCGCCCGCAUCACAUCAUGACCUGUCACAAGCUCCUCGCCACGGCCGGCCUGCUACUCAUCUUCGCCGUCUGGACGUCCCAGGCCAUCAACUACUACAAGCAGAACAAGGACACUGGCAGCUACAGCCCUCCCUCGAGUUCGCGGUCCCGCCUCCCGGCCAAGAGCCAGACCGGGCCCAGCAACGCGCUGUGGAUACGGACCCGCGACGCGCCCCUCGACACUCUACGAUACCGCGUGCCCAUGGACCGACGCAUGGUGCCAGCAUCGAUGUUGUUCGUGGAUGGCAACCCGGACAACAUGGACAAGAGGUUGUUUGAGGGUCUGUUCCCGUCGAAUGACAGGUUGAACAGAUAUAGAAGGAUCGCUGCUUUGUUGGAGAGCGAAGACGAUUUCUAGACCGUUGAUAAGACGGCAGUUGGCAACUUUGCGCGUCAGAGGGAACGUCCAUCCAAGUCAUCGGAUUUCAAGCGGAUCAGAGUUGAUCUCUUUUCAUUUUCUGUCCACAUAUGUGCAACUAUUGUGAAACAGGCUAUAUACACAUAUUUUAAGUUUUGUUAACACUGUCAUAAAAUUGGUAUAUUUUUAAGUUACGCCGCAACAAUGAAACCUUAAAAGUUGUUCCAGAUUACAUCCCACCUGCAUACCUUCAUAUCCACUUGCUGUUUUACGCAGUACUGUGUUUUGGUGAUAACAAUAGGACUCCGUAGACGAGUAGAUUAGAGAUGUCAACUUAAAUUAAUUACCAUGUUUGUACGCCUUGCAAGCAAGUCACGAGGUGAUUAGUGGGGUUUGAACCUGCGAACAAGGUUGUCCUAGUUGUUGGUGCCCUGUUGCCCUGAUAUGUAGUGAUAUCACGGCAUUGGUGUUUAGAAUACGUCGAAAUUAGACUCGGGCAGUGUCUGCAUGUUAUUGCUGUGCCUGGAAGCAAUAUCUAUAUCACAAAACAACCUGAGGAUAAGCCAUGCACUUCCCUACGGGACAAUGUUUUAUUGCCAGUCUCGAGGGGAGACUAGUCUUCAAGCCUCGUGAAGUUUUCCCUGUGGAGAUGUCAGACUUACCUUUGAAAAAUCAUCUGGAGCUACAAUUAUAGCCUUAAUUCUAGUCGGGUCCCCCAAGCGCGUUGCUGUAAAAAUCGCUGCCUGGAAAUAACGUUUUCGCCUAUAUGCAAAAAGCCACUGGCUAUAAGAUAGUGGUUGUAAUCAUUUCCUGCAGACUUGUGCGGAAUUUCAAGUCGCAGCCAAGUAAAUCGGACACGGUCCGAGUCUCUGACGUCUGGGAUCUACCCAUCCUAGUUCGAAUUCGCAGGCUCACAAUAUUCGGGGUGACUCCGAUGUGCCGUGUUUAUACCAGCGAAGCGAAUGUAAAAAAUAAAUUCUUAUGUCUUAUUAUUCAUUAACCCUCGUCUUUCAUUGUUGCAAUUAUGGAUUUCCACUGGGUUUGUGGUCGGCGAAUCUUAAUAAAAAAUACAUGGAUGUUGGAUGUUGCAUUUU